CGACGACGACAACAACCACAAUCAAAAACUAACAAAUUAUUCCCAAAAUUUCCCCCUUCUUUUCUUCUUCUUCUCCUCUUGCUCAUGGUCGCUCAUAUGUCUCUCUCUGUCGCGCUCAUCUCUCUCUCUCUCUCUCUCUCUCUCUCUCUCACACACACAACGACGUAGGGUAGCAAAGGCGGCGGUGUGCAGUGGCGUCUAGCCGCGAAAUGCAGUCGUUGCUCUCAAUCACUAGCGCCACUAGCUUCGCUACUCUCAAUUCCUGCAGGUUAGAGAGCCAAAGACAAGCAACUUUGUUACUUGGGCAAUUUGCUGCUACAGAUUCAGACUGUGCACAUUGUUCAAAAAGGUGUUGUCCAACAACUAAUUCAGAUGCUUCAGUCCCCGCACGCACCCGUGAGAGAGUUAACAUUUGCAUUGGGAGCUUGGCACAGGUUUUUAUCCUAAUUGAGAUGUUUUUGUUUUGUUUAAAAGAAAAAAGGUUUAAUUUGAAUGAGGUCCAAUUAUCUUUGGUUUUUUUUUAAUAUUUAUUUUCCUUAAGAGAUUGAAAAGGUUUUGUGUAAUUUUCUCUUUAGGAGCAAACAGUUGGCCUAUUGGUCGAAAUGUAUUGUGCGGUGAUCUUUGGAAUUUUCCUUUAAAAGGGUAAAUUUCUAAUUGGAUUGUACUGGUGAAGUUUUUUGAAAAUAACUUAAUGUACCCAAUAUUUUAAUUGUGGAAAGUGCCAUUGUUAUUGUUUUAGUAAUAAAAUUA